AUGGCCACAGACACUUCUCCGAACUUUCAGGCGGUCAUUCCCACUACUGAGUUCCACACAGAACUUUCACUACCAACACCAGAUCACGAUGGCUUAGACUUCUGGCAGUACAUGGUUGCAGGUUCAAUAGCAGGAUCAGUGGAGCACAUGGCUAUGUUCCCAGUUGACACUCUCAAGACCCGCAUGCAAGCUCUUACAACAACCACCACCACCACUUCAUGCCUCCGCCAAUCCCUCUCUUCCAUCCUCAAACUCGAAGGUCCUUCCUCCCUCUACCGCGGCAUCUCCGCCAUGGCCCUCGGUGCAGGCCCCGCCCACGCCGUUUACUUCUCCGUCUACGAGUUUUGCAAACAAGCCUUCUCCUCCUCUUUCACCACCAACAAUUACUCCUCACUGGUGCAUGCCGCUUCUGGUGUCUGCGCUACAGUCACCAGCGACGCCGUUUUCACUCCCAUGGACGUCGUGAAGCAGAGGCUUCAGCUGAAGAGCAGUCCGUACAAGGGUGUGGUGGAUUGCGUGAGGAGAGUGGCCCUCGAAGAAGGGGUUGGCGCGUUUUUUAAGUCGUAUCGGACUACGGUUGUGAUGAACGCUCCGUUUACGGCGGUGCAUUUUGCGGCGUAUGAGGCGACAAAGAAGGGGUUGGUGGAGGUGUCGCCGGAGAUCGCGGAUGACAGGAGGUGGGUGGUUCAUGCUACCGCUGGUGGUGCUGCCGGAGCCCUGGCUGCUGUUGUCACAACCCCGCUUGAUGUUGUCAAAACUCAACUUCAGUGCCAGGGUGUUUGUGGAUGUGACAGAUUCUCUAGUAAUUCAAUUGGGCAUGUAAUUAAAACAGUGAUAAGAAAAGAUGGAUAUAGAGGUCUCAUGAGAGGUUAUGUCCCUAGGAUGCUGUUUCAUGCCCCUGCAGCUGCAAUUUGUUGGUCCACUUACGAGGCAUCCAAAUCUUUCUUUCACAAACUUAAUUAAUAACGGUACCUCAUCAGGUGUACAAAGCAUGGCUUAAAAUUACAAUGUAAUUGUGGUGUAAUAUCGGAGCGCACGGCAACAAAUCAUCAUAGUAUACAAAUUCAAAACAAUAAAAUGCAAUCCUAGAUAUGUGUAUACGGACAACCAGCUAAUAAGGGGAACAACUAAUAUAUAAAUGUCACAGCUACAAUGAGUGACUAAAGAGAUA